AUGGGGUCGCGGAGGGCCCCCAGCCGGGGCUGGGGCUCGGGCGGACGGUCCGGGACGGGGGGCGACGGCGAGGACGACGGGCCCGUGUGGAUCCCCAGCCCCGCCAGCCGCAGCUACCUGCUCAGCGUGCGGCCCGAGACCAGGAGCACCUUCUGCUCCAUCAUCGCUCAGCUGACAGAGGAGACCCAGCCGCUGUUCGAGACCACGCUCAAGUCCCGGGCUGUGUCCGAGGACAGCGACGUCAGGUUCACCUGCAUCGUCACAGGAUACCCGGAACCAGAGGUGACCUGGUACAAGGAUGACACAGAGCUGGACCGCUACUGUGGCUUGCCAAAAUAUGAGAUCACUCAUCAGGGCAACCGCCACACACUGCAGCUGUACAGGUGUCGAGAAGAAGAUGCCGCCAUCUACCAGGCCUCCGCCCGGAACACCAAGGGCAUCGUGUCCUGCUCGGGCGUCCUGGAGGUGGGCACCAUGACCGAGUACAAGAUCCACCAGCGCUGGUUCGCCAAGCUGAAGCGCAAGGCUGCGGCGAAGCUGCGCGAGAUCGAGCAGAGCUGGAAGCACGAGCGGGAGGCGGCGGGGGAGGCCGACGCCCUGCGCAAGCUCAGCCCCGACCGCUUCCAGCGAAAGCGGCGGCUGAGCGGGGCGGCAGCAUCGGUCCCCUCAGCGCCUGCCAGGGAGGCUGAGCGGGGGACCCCGGCGGCGGCAGGGCAGGAGGGAGAGGCCGCGUCUGCGCAGCGCUCGGGUUUGGGCCUGAUCGACAGUUUUGCUCUUGGAGAGGUGACGACCAAUGGCGAGGCUGCGCCCGAGAGUGGGGAGGACGGUGAGCGAGGCUUGCUGACGUACCUCUGCGAUGCCAUGGAGCUGGGGCCUCAGAGAGCCCCCAGAAAGGAGUCCGGGGCCAAGAAGAAAAAGAAAGAUGAACAAUCCAAGCAAGGUCUGCGGAAGCCAGAGUUGGAGAAGGCCGCCCGAAGCCACCGUUCUUCAGAAAGCCGUGUCCCCGGUGCAGACCAGCCUGACUCCUGCGGGACACGGGGGCCCAUGGGUGUGGAGCGGGCUCAGAGCCAGCCCAGGGGCAGGGCCGGCGCCAGCAAGCCAGCCUCUGCCGUGGGCUCUCAAGACAAGGCCCCUGGCCCAGGCCCAGGCCGGGAGGGACAGUUGUCCCUGAAGGACAUGUGCGAGGAGAGCACCCGGGCAGUCAGGCCGCAGGGGCAAGGGCCCCAGCCCCCAGGUGUGAGGGCGGCGGGACAGGUUCCCUCGGGGAAGGUGCCCAGCAAGGCUGGAGGGGAGGGGGCGCCUACUGCUCCUGGCCAGCCCACCCCCGCCCUGGCCCCCCAGCCGACUAGGCCUUUCAACAGGAAGAGAUUUGCCCCUCCGCAGCCCAGAGCGGAGCCCGCCCCUGACAGCAAGCCCGCUUCUUCCCCGAGUCGAGCUCCAGAGCGCGAGGCCCAGAGCUCAGGGAAGGCGCCGCCUCAGGCCUCUGCCCAGGUGCCGACGCCUCCUGCCCGGCGGAGACACAGCGCCCGGGACAGCCCCUUGCAGGGGCAGGGAGGCCACAGGACUCCCGGAGAGGUCCUGGAGUCCCAGGCAGCCAUGGCUCCGACCGUGUCAGCCAGCAGCAGCUCUGACGUGGCCUCUGCUGGUUGUGGCACCUCCAGAAGUCAGGGUGCCAUCGAACGUAUGGAUGUAGAAACCCAGGAGGAUGGAAGAACAUCUGCUGGCCAGGGGACUGGAGGCAAGAAGGAUGUGCAGGCAGAUGGGAAGAUGCAAGUGGAUGGGAGGACCUGUAGAGACAGAGCUCGGACAACUCAGAGGACACAGGCAGGCAGGAAGGCACAGGUGGAUGUCAUGACACAAGAGCGUGAGAAGCCACAGUCAGACAGGAGUUCACAGAAGGAUGUGGUGAUACAGGGAAAGGUGGAGACACAGGUAGAAAGGACACAGGCAGGUGAGAAGAUGCAGGAAGACAGGAAGGCACACGCAAAUGAGAGGACACAGGAAGACAGAAGGGGACAGGAAGGAAAGGGGACACAGUCAGAGGGGAGUGUACCCACAGCCACGAAAGCUCAGCUGGAGCAGGAGGCCGUGACCAGCCCCAGCCCACCGGCCACAGCCCCUGAACUCCCACCUUCAGAGGGUCCUACGUCUUCUCAGAUUAUUGAGAGUUUUACACAGACCCCAGAAACGUCCUGUGUCCCCCAAAAACCUGGUUUCAUGCUCAGAUCUGAGGAGGCAGCAGCCACAGCCUCCAGGAACCCUGAGGGUCCCCUAUCAAGGAAUCUUCUGCUCCCAGCACAGCUGUCUCCCAAGGGGAGCGUGGAGCAGGUGGGAGGAGAGAGCUGUCAAGGGCCAGAGCCAUCAGGGCCAGUGAAGGCCAGGCUGGGGGACAGCACGUUCCAGCGCCCCAAAGGGGAGCAGCCAGAGGUGGCUCCGUGUGUGGAUCUGGCUGGCUGUCCUCCAGCUGGCCUGCGCCAGGAGGCACCCACUGUGCCCUCUCUUCCUGGGACUGGCCUGACCAAUAGCCCCAAGGAGGGACUGCCCAGCGCCCUGACUUCUCAGCACGUGAGCACAGCUGCCUUCCUGCCCUCUGGGGAGCAGGCCUUGCUGAGUUCUGCCCCUACACUGCACUUGGGGCUGGGGACCCCCACCCAGAGUCGCCCAUCAGAAACCAUGGCCUCCAGCAAUGAAGGCGCCUGCGCCAUGGCAGCAGAUGUGGAGGGGAGGCCCCCAGGCCCCCGGAGCUGUGACCCCGGCCUCAUAGAUUCCCUGAAGAACUACUUGCUUCUGCUGCUAAAGCUAUCCAGCACAGAGACAAGUGGAGCAGCGGCAGGGUCCCAGGCGGGGGCUGCCACUGGAGAUCUGGAGCCCCCGUCCACUCUGGUCCCCACUGUGGAAGUGGCCGGGCUGAGUCCCCGGACGUCGAGGCGCAUCCUGGAGCGUGUGGAGAACAACCACCUGGUGCAGAGCGCACAGAGCCUGCUGCUGAGCCCCUGCACCUCCCGCCGCCUCACCGGCCUCCUGGACCGCGAGGUGCAGGCGGGCCGCCAGGCCCUGGCUGCUGGCCGGGGCUCCCAGGGCCCCGGCCUCAGCCCCCUCACCGUGCCCGCCAUCGUGGUAGGUGAGGAGGGCCUUGGGCUGGCCUCAGAAGAUGAGGGAGAAGUUUCCCUUGAGGGGCCUGGCCUCCUGGGUGCCUCCCAGGAGAGCAGCAUGGGCGGGCCGCUGGGGGAGGCGGGAGGGCAGGCAGCCCCUGCGCAGGGACUGCUCUCGGCAGAGGCCAGAGCCCAGGAACGCUCUCAAGAGGACGAGGUCCCAGGGGAGGCUCUGACAGGUCUCCCUGCAGCCACACCUGAGGAACUGGCUCUAGGAGCACGGAGGAAGAGAUUCCUCCCUAAGGUCAGAGCAGCAGGCGAUGGGGAGGUGACCAGGCCUGAAGAAAGGGAGAGUCCCACGGUUUCCCCCCGGGGGUCCAGGAAAAGCCUGGCGCCUGGGUCCCCGGGGACUCCGGGGCGGGAUAGAUGCUCCCCUACCCAAGGCAGGAAGGCGGGCAUGCUGGAGGUGCCACGGGCAGAGGAGGAGCCGGCAGCAGCAGACCUGGGCUCCAGCCCCAAGGCCGGGGGUCUGGACACAGAGCUGGCCCCAGACGAAGGCAAGCAGGAGGCUCUGGCCAAGCCCAGGAAAGCCAAAGACCUGCUGAAAGCCCCACAGGUUAUCCGGAAGAUUCGGGUGGAGCAGUUUCCUGAUGCCUCGGGUAGCCUGAAGCUCUGGUGCCAGUUUUUCAACAUUCUGAGUGACUCAGUCUUGACAUGGGCCAAGGAUCAGCGCCCAGUGGGCGAGGUGGGCAGGAGCGCAGGGGAUGAGGGGCCGGCGGCCUUGGCCAUCGUGCAGGCGUCCCCCGUAGACUGCGGCGUGUAUCGAUGCACCAUCCACAACGAGCACGGCUCGGCCUCCACUGACUUCUGCCUCAGCCCUGAGGUGUUGUCAGGAUUCAUCUCCAGAGAAGAAGGUGAAGUUGGAGAAGAGAUUGAGAUGACCCCCAUGGUAUUUGCCAAGGGUCUGGCUGACUCUGGCUGCUGGGGGGACAAGCUCUUUGGGCGACUGGUGAGCGAGGAGCUCCGAGGGGCUGGAUAUGGGUGUGGCCUCCGGAAGGCCUCCCAGGCCAAGGUCAUCUACGGGCUGGAACCCAUCUUCGAGUCGGGCCGCACGUGCAUCAUCAAAGUGUCCAGCCUGCUUGUGUUUGGGCCCAGCAGUGAGACUUCUCUUCUGGGCAGAAACUACGAUGUCACCAUCCAGGGCUGCAAGAUCCAGAACAUGAGUCGAGAGUACUGCAAAAUCUUUGCGGCUGAAGCCCGUGCGGCACCUGGCUUCGGGGAGGUGCCUGAGAUCAUCCCGCUGUAUCUAAUCUACCGGCCUGCAAAUAACAUCCCAUAUGCUACCCUGGAGGAGGACCUGGGCAAGCCUCUGGAGUCUUACUGUUCCCGGGAAUGGGGCUGCGCCGGGGCUCCGGCAGCAUCCAGCAGCUUUGAGGUCGUGCAGAAGUGCCGGACCUUCCAGCACUGGCUGUACCAGUGGACGAACGGCAGCUUCCUUGUCACAGACCUGGCAGGGGCUGACUGGAAGCUGACUGACGUGCAGAUUGCUACCAAACUGCGAGGAUACCAAGGCCUCAAGGAGAGCUGCUUCCCUGCCCUGCUGGACCAGUUCGCCGCCGCGCACCAGUGCAGCGCCUACUGCGAGAUGCUGGGGCUCAAAGCCCUCAAGGGCCUGGAGGCUGCCCACCCCCAAGCCAAGGCCAAAGGUUCCAAGAGUCCAUCUGCUGGCAGGAAGGGCCCCCAGCUGAGCCCUCAGCCUCAGAAGAAAGGCCUCCCUAGUCCUCAGGGCACCCGGAAGAGUGCCCCAAGCUCCAAGGCCACCCCUCAGGCCUCAGAGGCAGUUGCCGUCCAGUUGUUGGGACAGCCUCCCAGCCAAGAGGUGGGCUCCAACGCCCAGGGCAUGCGGUAGCCCUGACAGGAGGCUGGGGGCCUCCACCCAGCAGCAGACCAACCAGGAAGCAGCUUGAACCGGAUGGAGACUUUCCUAACACGGAACUAACCAGAGAAGGUGCACUGAGGAGGCACCACUUGGGGACCUCUCUGAGCAGCCUCUCGAUCAGCUCCUCACCAGAUGGCGUUGGUGCAUGGCACACAGCCCACUGGCCUCUUCUGGUGCCAUCAUCACCCAGGGCUCCCAGGCCUCAAGCGGGCCCCACCUCCAAGUGCCUGGCGGCCUAGGCCCUCCUUGAAGUUUACACUCGCCACUGCUGGAGGCUCCCCUGCGUCCUCUGCAUGAGUUCUGCAGCCCGGCCCUCGCCUAGACAGAUCCUGCAGCAAGUGUUGUACCCGAGUGCCCUUGCCUGGCCCUGGUCUCUCCCUGUCCUCAGGCUUCCAGACCUCCUGUGCUGGGUCUGGCCUGGUGACUCUCAGGGUGUCUUCUCCUUCCACCUACUUCGGCUCGUGCAUCCCAGCUUAUCCUGCCACUAACCUGCCGCCGAGCCCAGAUGGGGCUCAGGGCCCUUCCAGAGCCUGUCAUGUCCUUGUGCAGUGGUCUUUGAUGACGCGUGUUCAUGCUCUUCCUUCCCCCAACUCGCUCCCCUGCUCCCCUGCCCCC